AUGCCUGCCGCAGCGGAUUACAAGAUUUCAUUCGAUAAAUUUCAUAACAUUAUCAAUAAUGAGUUAACCACCACUGCUACGACGAGACACACCGUAAACCCGAGUACUGAAGACGUUCUCUGGGAGGCUCCUGUGUCGACUCAGGCGGAUGUUGAUCGUGCUGUCGCCGCAGGAAAGGCUGCUUUUCCUGCGUGGAGUAAGCUCUCCCAGGAUGAGCGUGCCGACUAUUUAGACAAGUUUGCCGAUGCCAUCGAGGCAAACACGCAGGAUUUCAUAGAGCUUCUUGGUAAAGAAGUGGGAAAACCACCGCAGGCUGGAGCGUUCGAGUUGCACCUUUGCAUGGGGCUUGCUCGCGGGAUCCCUCAACUCCGCCUAAAGGAAGAGAAGAAAAUCGACGACGCCGACCGUACAGCUAUUGUGCGCUAUGUCCCUCUCGGCGUUGGAGUUGGUAUAGUGCCGUGGAACUUUCCCCUCACCCUUGGGGUUGGCAAGCUGUUCCCCGCUCUUCUCGCUGGUAAUACAUUCAUCUGGAAGUCAUCACCUUAUUCGCCCUACUCGUCACUUAAGCUCGCCGAAUUGGGAACGAAGAUCUUCCCUCCUGGUGUCUUCCAAGCUCUUAGUGGUGAAGAGGACUUGGGCCCUCUACUGACUGCUCACCCCGAUGUGGCCAAGAUCAGUUUCACGGGUUCUGUCGCAACUGGUAAGAAGAUCCAAGCGUCUGCGGCAAGUACUUUAAAGCGUGUGACGCUUGAGCUUGGCGGCAACGACGCCGCGGUGAUCUGCGACGAUGUUGAUAUUGAUUCGGUCGUUCCCAAAGUCACGUUCCUUACUUUCGUCCACAAUGGCCAGAUUUGUAUGAAUAUCAAGCGUAUCUACGUGCACGAAAACAUCUAUGAUAGGUUCCUCGCCGCCAUGGUAGCCACAACUAAGCUAUUCAAGACAGGUGAUCAUACUGAUCCUGAGGCGUUCUUCGGUCCUGUGCAGAACCGUAUGCAGUACGAGAAACUUCAGGAUUUCUACUCGCAGAUCGGCAAGGAGGGGUGGAAGACAGCAUUAGGCGGCGAGCUGGGGCCCAAAGAAGGUAAAGGCUUCUUUAUGCCGGCGACGAUCAUCGAUAAUCCUCCCGAGGAUUCAAGCAUUGUGCAAGACGAACCAUUCGGUCCUAUUGUCCCUGUACUCAAGUGGAGGGACGAGGACGACGUGGUUAGCCGUGUGAACGCGUCGAAAGUAGGUCUUGGUGCCUCGGUUUGGAGUAAGGACGUACCUCGUGCCCAGCGCAUUGCGGAGCAGCUUCAAGCCGGUAGUAUUUGGGUCAACACUCACUUCGAACUCGCGCCCAAUGUGCCAUUUGGUGGCCAUAAAGAAAGCGGUAUUGGCAUGGAGUGGGGUGAGAUUGGUCUCCAGGCUUGGGCUAAUCCUCAAGCUUAUUGGGUAAAACAUUCCGCGUAA